GCCACCGCCUCUGCUUCCGCCGCCGCCGCCGCCGCCGCCGCCGCCAGCCGCUGCGCGUUCGGCGGGGGAGGAGUCGGAGGCGGAGAAGAAGGCGGUGGUGGCGGGUGGAGGAUCUAGCGCUGUUCUCGCUCCGGAGCCGCUGCACAUUUCGGAAUCUUUUGCAGCUUACCCACUGUGUGAGUAAAACUAAAUCACAUCCAUAAUUCUACUAAAUUGGGCACACAGAAACUGCCAUAUAUGUCACAGUACACUGAAAAGGAGCCAUCAGCAAUGGAUCAAGACUCCAACAAGGCUGGUUGGCCCAAACCAGCAGGAGGCUAUCAGACAAUUACAGGCAGGAGAUAUGGAAGAAGACAUGCCUAUGUCAGUUUUAAACCAUGUAUGACCAGACAUGAAAGAAGCUUAGGUCGGGCUGGUGAUGACUAUGAAGUGUUGGAACUAGAUGAUGUUCCAAAGGAAAAUUCCUCAGGUUCCAGUGCAUUGGAUCAAGCUCAUUCUUUACCCAAUGAACCCAUAUUUGAAAAAAGUGAAACAGAAAUUCCCACUUGUGGUACAGCAUUGGAUCAAACCAUUGAGAGCAGUACACCCGCUGCUGCUGUGCACCAGAGUGAGGAAGGCAGGGAGAUCUUAGGAAGCAGUGAGAAUGUUCCUAAUCACUCUGAGGGAGAGUACACUCCAGGAGCUUGUAAUGCCUCAAGUGUCCAAAAUGGAAUUGCGUUGGUUCAUACUGACUCUUAUGAUCCAGAAGGCAAACACGGAGAGGAUAAUGACCAUCUUCAACUUUCUGUACAAGUUGUGGAAGAUGAUAAAUACCAGGAUGCAUUAGGCAAUACAGUAAUUGAGUUGGAAAAUGGAGAGGCAGAGGCAUACAAUGGUCUUUCACCAGUUCCCUCUCUUAACUGUGAAAUAAGAGAUGAGUUUGAAGUGUUAGAUUCAGCACCUUUAGUGAAAAAUUCCACUGGUGAUACUGAGUUUGUCCAUCAGAACAGCCAGGAAUUAAAGAGGUCCUCUUCUGAAGAUGAAGUUGUUAGAAAGAAACAAGAUACUGACCAGGAAAGACAAACAGAAAAUUCAACUGAAGAUGCCACCUGUAUUCCCGAGCGUAUUUGCAGUGAACAAAAUGGCAGUGAUAGGGACAAAAACCGUGGAAGUUCUCCUGAACAGGUAGUGAGGCCAAAAGUUAGAAAAGUGAUAAGUGCAAGUCAGGUGGACCAAGAAGUGGGUUUUAAUAGGCAUGAGGCUAAACAAAGAAGUGUUCAGAGAUGGAGGGAGGCUUUGGAAGUUGAGGAGAGUGGCUCAGAUGACCCCUUAAUAAAAUGUGAAGAAUAUGAUGGAGAACAUGACUGUAUGUUCUUGGAUCCACCCUACUCAAGAGUUACACAAAGGGAAACAGAACAUCACCAUGUAACACCGGAAAGUGGAGCCACAGCCGGAAGGCAAGAAGUUCGGGAUAACAGCUUUUGGAAUGGCUGUGGAGAUUAUUACCAACUCUAUGACAAAGAUGAAGAUAGUUCAGAAUGUAGUGAUGGGGAAUGGUCUGCUUCUUUGCCUCAUCGAUUUUCUGGUACAGAAAAAGAUCAGUCCUCAAGUGAUGAAAGCUGGGAGACUCUGCCAGGAAAAGAUGAGAAUGAACCUGAGCUGCAGAGUGAUAGCAGUGGCCCUGAAGAAGAAAACCAAGAAUUAUCUCUUCAGGAAGGGGAACAGACAUCUUUGGAAGAGGGAGAAAUUCCUUGGUUACAGUACAAUGAAGUCAAUGAAAGCAGCAGUGAUGAGGGCAAUGAGCCUGCCAAUGAAUUUGCACAACCAGAAGCUUUCAUGUUAGAUGGUAACAACAACCUUGAGGACGACUCCAGUGUGAGUGAAGACUUAGAUGUGGACUGGAGCUUAUUUGAUGGCUUUGCAGAUGGACUGGGAGUGGCUGAAGCUAUUUCUUAUGUGGAUCCUCAGUUCCUCACCUAUAUGGCACUGGAAGAACGCUUAGCCCAGGCUAUGGAGACUGCACUGGCACAUUUAGAGUCUCUGGCAGUGGAUGUUGAAGUUGCCAAUCCACCAGCCAGUAAGGAAAGCAUUGAUGGUCUUCCAGAAACCCUUGUUCUUGAAGAUCACACUGCUAUUGGUCAGGAACAAUGCUGUCCAAUCUGUUGCAGUGAGUAUAUUAAAGAUGAUAUAGCAACAGAGUUGCCCUGUCACCAUUUCUUUCACAAGCCUUGUGUCUCAAUUUGGCUACAGAAGUCGGGAACAUGCCCUGUGUGCCGCCGUCAUUUCCCACCUGCAGUUAUCGAAGCAUCUGCAGCUGCUUCCUCCGAGCCUGAUCCUGAUGCCCCACCUUCAAAUGACAGUACUGCAGAAGCCCCCUAAACCUUAUCGGUUGAAAUGAGAUCAGUCUAUCAAAGUUAAUCUGCAAAUUCCUUCUAAAUCUGAUGUGCAAAUAAUUAUAUAUAAAUAUAUUGAAAAUGCUAUAUAUAGUAUAUGCCAUAGUUUAGAAAGAGGAUAUUAACCUUUCUAAACUGAAUUUAGGUUUGCAGAAAGUACUAAACAUUUUCAAGCUGAAUGUUAAAGCAGUGCAUCCAUUUUCUUUAGUUGAAUAUGUUGGUAUUAAUUGUAAAGUCAGGCUUAUCAGUUAACUCCGAAAGAAAUAGUCAUCUAUGUGGCACACAUUAUUGAUUUUGUCGAAAAUUCUGCCACUAAGAGAUUAUAGCUAAGCUCUCCUAUUUGCAUCAAAUGUGAAGACUGUGAUCACAGCAGUAGUAAAAUUUGGUUUCAUUGGAAAUAAAUUGAAUUCUAAAGCAUGCUUUUUCAUUGGUCCCUUUGCUUUUGCUCCAUCAAAACCUCUUGGUUCAUAAUACUGGAAAGCUUUUAAGAAAGGUGUCUACUUUUUCAUCUUUGCUUACAAUUAGGACUUUUCAGAAUGCCAAACAAAAGCCAAAAUUUUGACCAGAACAUCACAAAAUUUUAAAAUCUUAGAUGUAUACCCCCUGAAAUGGUUCUGUAGUAAAAUAAAUUAUUUAAUAAAUAGUAGAUGUACCUAAAGGUUGGUAAUGCAUAUGAAGACUCUGGUGUGCUCUGUGCUUGGUACACUGAGAUAAAUUAGAAGACUAUAUGCAACCCUUUUUAAGCUGAUAGCCAACCUUUUGCUGUUGGUUAAAAUUAUACCUGAAGGUCCAAAAUACUAUUGGCACAUUUGUUUAAUAAACAUUGGAUAUGGUUAAGGUAAUUUUGGUUCUGAAAUAUUUUGGAAGGUCUGAAAAUCAGACAGGAUCAUCUUUGUAAUUAUAUAACCCUAACCAAAAUGACACAGCUUCUCCUUUAGGUGAUCGCAUGCAUUAGGCAAGUUUGUACAAACAUAAGCCUUAUAUUUAACUUAAAGAUGUGACUUAAUAUCAACACCAGAGAACGAUGGCUUUUAGAAUAUCACAUUUGAGCAAGUAAAAUAGCAAAGCACAUAGUUAGUGUACAUCCAUCCAGGUGGUCCAUCAUAAUUUAAUUUGAAGAAUAUUUAUAUGGCUUCCCAAUUACAUUUUGUGUAAUUUCUCUUGAGUAUUUAUAUUCUGUCUCUUUUUGCCAUUCUUUAAAUGAAUUUUCACUGUUGGCACAUUUGAGGCUUAAAUAUAAGGAACAUAACACUUGCAUUCUAAUUUUUGCAUAUAUUGUAAAUGUGUCUGGUAUUUACAGCAAAAUACUGUGUAUCCUUUUAUGGGUAAAACAAAAGUGAACAUUGCAUGCAUGUAAUGUGGUGAAUUUGUAAUUUAGGGGUUCUUUGGGGCUUCUGUGACUUUGGAAAUGCUUACAUUCAGGCCUUAAUGUUGCAUUAGCUAGCAUGUUUUCCUGCAGAUGUAUAUAGUCACUGUUGUAUAAACUAAUCUUUGCUUGUUUUCUACUCUGUGAUCUUUCCAUACCAUAUUUCAUUGAUGAUCAGUUAGUGUCAAGGAGUCAAAUCAGAUUACAAUUAAUUCUCAUGUGUAUAUUGUGGAAAUUCGUGACUAAUGUGAUUUUUUUGUUUGUCUGUUUCUUUUCAAGUAGUGUUGAUCAGUUGUGACACUUACUGGUUAAACUUACAUUGUUACAGAUCUAUCUGUAAUAAGCCAUCCAUUAUAUUUAGGCAGUAUUAAGGGACCUUGGUUUUCUUCUCCUACAUAGCAGCUGUCCCAAAGAAAAUAUUUCUUCUCUGCCUGUUAAGAUUUAGCUAGUAUCUGCCAGUUGUUAAGAGGUUUUGGUUUCAAACUCAACCACCAAUGUUGAGAGCUGACUUUAGAUAGCUGUUGUACUUUUUGCUUUCCAUCUGUUACUGUCCUUCAUUGUUGGCUCCCUACUAUCUAUAACAGCUGCUAUGAGGGGAAAAAGUUAGUUUAAAUUUUUUUAAAAAGAAAGUUGAAGUUUUAGGAUUUUCAUGAUAACAAGCCAGUAUAAGCUGAGGCUGACAAGUUCAGACCCCAAAAUAUUAUUUGAUCUUAUCUUGGAUCCUUUUGAAAAAGUUAAGAAUAUAUGAAGGUAAAUUAGAAAGAAGUAUGAAUAUUAUUAAUAAAAUAUUGUUUAUCUUAUUUCUCUAUUUUAUGUUGUGACUUGACCUAAUAAUUUUAUUUUUUGAACAUUUUCUUAUUUCUUAUAAUAUGAAUGCUGAUAUUUAAAGUUAGAUUUAUGUGGUUUUCUUUUGUGUUUCUUAAUUGUUUAUCUCUGAGCUAACUAACUCUUAAGGUUAUUUGUGAUCUGGAUUUAUAUAUAUGCUGUUAAAUAUAUAUGAACUGUUUAAAUGGAAUGCAAGUUUUUCAAAAGCCCAGGUCUAAAUGUAAUGAUUGGUUUAUUGUUCUACAACCCCAGCCCAUCAUCUUCCGUGUAAAUCAUAAACAAUAAACAGGAUAUACUUGGUGGUCAUUUCUAAUA